AUGUUGAUGUUAAAGUUGUGUUGUGUGCUGUUGUUCGUAAUCUUGGCUGAAGGCGUUGUUUGGCCCAAAAUCACGAAUGGAAUGCACAUUUUAGUUGAUCCCAACUGUUGGGAAGAGCUCGGAUAUUUCUUCAAAGACUUGACGGAAGGCAAAGCAUGGGCAUACAACGUAUUGGACGCAUCAGGGCGUUACGGGUCAGGACUGUUCAUGGGCAACCGAUUCUGGUUGGGAUCAAAAGAACGGUGUCUCGACUUGGAUAAACAGUCCUUUAUAACGAAUAGAAGCUCACCGUUGGUAGAAAAUGGUGAGGACGAUGUUAGUUCAGUAUCGAGGACGAAGUACUUUGAUGACGAGAGACACGAGUGGAGAUGGAUGGUGUACCACGACGACGUGGUCCAUAAAGCUGCGGACACCUGGCCACCAUUCCGGCUCGCAUACACCGCGCUAGGAGUCUCCCUGAAUAUCACGAAGACCAACAUGAUAAAGUCCACCGAUAUAAUCUUGGGUCUCUGCAUGCCCUACUCGUGUACACCUCGCGACGUCGCGUCUGUCAUCAACUUUUCCAUUAUGGUCAACGAUAACUUGAAAGCGAACAAGACAACCUCACGCGCGGCGAGGGUCACAACUGUGAGGCGUGUGGUAGGACACUACAAUAUCACGUCGGAUAGUUCCGGGGUCCUACUCGUAUGUAUUACAACUAUUCUAGUGGCUUUGGCCAUCGUCGCUACUGUAGUAGACUUAGAUUUGAUGAAAUGUCUACCGUAUGGGUCGAAAUCUAUGACAUUCGAUCUAGAAAAAUACAAUACAGAUCCUAGUAGGAAACUAGGUAGAGAAAAUGCAAGUACGAAGCAUGAGCAUGAAGCAAAGACAGAGACGGAGAUUUUAGGUGCGGAAAAUACGAACACGCAUUAUAUGGCGGUGGAGAGUCUUGUGAAGUGCAGCGCUCCCACGAUUACGCUGGACGUGAAUUGUGCGGAAAAGAUAGUCGGCAGCUGCAAGAGAUGUGGGAAGUACAGGAAGCAGUGCAGCAACCCGCGCCAGCUCGACAACCUGCCGCCCUGCCCGCGGCUGCAGUACAACUCCUUCGCGAGCUUGAGCACGCAGAGUAAGAAGAAGAACAUCUUCUGCCGGCUGCUCCUGUGCUUCUCUCUGGCGUACUGCUGGAAGAGAAUCUUCAACACGAACAUGGCGAACAAAGACUUAUCGUUGAUACACGUAAUGAGAGUUUUGGCGACAUUUUGGAUAAUGUUUGUGCACGUCGCUGUUAUUGUCGGGUAUAUAUCAGAUUCCGCUGUGAAUAUUAACGACCAAGGUGGAGUUUACCUUAUCAUCGCAACUGGAACAAUAGCCUUUGACACGCUAUUUUUCGUCAGCGGUCUCUUCAGCGCCCACCAUUUCUUCUUCUUGAAGAGUCAGUACAGCGUUAAGGAGUUGGUCGGGUUCCAGGGUGCCUGCGGCGAGGUUCUUCAGUUCAUUUGCUUCGUCACAAAUAGAGUUAUCAGGCUGCUACCACCGUAUGCGUACGCGGUGUUGGUAUCCGCGGUGAUGGCACAGUCAGCUCACCACACAUCGUCGCUGGCCCUACCCGACGGUGAUGAGGUCAAUUGCCGCGACCACAGCUGGAGGAACCUCCUCUACGUUACUACAGCGUACCCUAAAAACGAACAGUGCAUGCAAAUCGCAUGGUACCUCUCAACGGAAACGCAGCUUCAUAUGUUGGGUGCGCUGCUUUGUGCAAUGAGUGCGACAUCUACUUUGCGUGGGCGCAUAGCCGCUGUGCUCACAUUGGUCGCCAUGGUGUCGGCAACUGUUGCUGACGCUAGUUCAGCGUACUUUGACUUUCAACAAUUAUUUGCGAAUUCGUUUGGCGCCUACGCCACUAUUAUUGAACGACCGUGGGCCCGUAUCGCGCCUUACUUCAUGGGCGUUUUCACUGGAUGGCUGAUUCAUGUUGUACAAGGAAAGCUUAAGGUUUCUAAGGUUACCUCGCUACUUCUAUGGAUGGCAUCAAUAUCGUUCAUGUUUACGUCGUCUGCUGUGCCGAUGGUGGGGCUGCCCUGGUUAGCUUCGUGGCUGCACCUGACAUGGCCUAUAUCGCUGCUAUGGCCCGUGUUGAUGGGCGCUACUAACAUGGCGGGUAUGUUCCGCAAAGUAACGACCCAUUCGUCAAUAGCCGCGCUGAGUCGCUUGAGUUACGGCAUGUUGUUGAUGCACGCAGCUGUGGCGCGAACCAUGUUGCUGGCCGUUGACAAUGCGCUCUGUUCCACUACAUUGUGUCUUUGGCUGUACUUCGCGGGAACAACAUUAGGUACAAUCCUGGCAUCCCUCCUCCUCUCCCUGCUCGUAGAGAUGCCGUGCUGCAGCCUUCUAAGACGACUAUCCGACUGCGCCUCAUAA